AUGGGUUCUUCUAUGCGCAAGAAACGCGAGAAGAAAAAGGAUUUUCAGAAAGCGAAACUGCGGGUGGGCAAGACCAAGGCCAAGGCCGAUAACUUCACCGAUACCAGCUUCAAAGCAAAGUCCAUCGUCCUGAACCAACAAUCCCUGACUACGGUCGCUCCAUCCACCACCCAUCAACUAAACCACUACUUGUCUCUCGCCUCCUCAUCCAAAUCAGACACUCAGCGCAAAGAUGCCAUGGCAUAUCUCGUCUCGCGACUUUCCAAUGCACCCGCCGGGACACCGACCUUAUCAGCUGCCAUCCUCCUCCCGAAGCUCCUCCCUCUAAUUCUCGAUGGCUCCACCUCAGUCCGAACCCAACUCCUCAGGCUCUUCCAGACCCUUCCUCACCGCGAUGUUUCCGACCGCGCCGCCUCUGUCAUCCUUUACACUCGCGCAGGUAUGACGCACCUCGCGACCGAAAUCCGUGACGACGCCCUCAACGUCCUCGAAUGGCUCCUCGACGUCUCCGGCGACGCAGCCGUCAAGUGCCCCGGCGGCUGGGUCAAAACCCUCAACUCCUUCAUGUCGAUGCUCGGCUGGACGCUCGAUAAAUCGGUCAGCAAGUGGAGCGCGGAGAGCAAAGUCACCUUUAGCAAUAAAACUAACCGCAAUUUCGCUCGCCAGCUCGUUGUUCUUUCCAAGUUCCUCAUGGCUGGGCUGGGCGAGGAAGCCGUUAUUGAGAAGCGCACUCUCGACGAAAUCAAAUUCGACGCCAGAACCUACAUGAUCCCCACGGUGUCGGAUCCUUUUGGGUAUCUGAACCUGUUCGGGCCGCCGAGAGAUGAGGACGGGGCGGCGUACAUGGAUUCUGAUGCGAGGAGGAGGGUGUUCCACCAACGGUUUUUAGGGACUGUCGAGAAAGGUGCGGAAGAUGCGCGGAAAAUGGGGGGCGAGACGGGGAGAGCCGGCUCAACUCUUUUGAAGGUCACCACUGAGGGUAUGGCGCUGUAUGGAGGGUUAUGA